AUGCUCGGGUUGAAAGAUCUUUUCCCCAAGCAGGGACCAAAACAAAAUCCCAACGCCGCUCCUUACUUUGAAGCGGCGCCCUUGAAGAUCAUUGCUGUCGAGCAUCCGUGUGUUGUCAAGAACACUGACAAUGGCCUCAAGACCUUCGGGAGGAAUGCUAAUUAUGAACGACUAAUGGACGAUGAUACUGGCAGGAUAGCUCUUCCUAUGUGGUUGAGACCUGAUGUACCAACCACCAAGCCGCUCAUGUCGCAUAAUGCGGCGUCAAACAAUGUCGUCUUGAAAAUCACCGUACCCAAGCGCACAGGUCGCAAGCGAAAGCGCGGCACUGAUGAGCCAUUCACCGGGGUUGCGGUUCAGUCUUCCGAAGAUGAGCCUUCUGAACACGUUUGCUCCGAGGGCAGAGAGGAUGAUCCCAAGUUGAUUUUGCGCAAACUGCAGGAUACUGCUGGCAGAUACCAAGCAGAAGCCAUUGGAACCAUUCACGAUACCCACCGCUACCAUGGUCUCGCCGACUUUCAGUUUUCCGCCACCGAAAUGCCCUAUCUUACCAAGGUUACUAAUCACAUUCUACCACUGAAAGUGGACAAGCUACGCGAGCUCAGAUUCGAUCCGAAUCUUCACCCUGUAAAGGGCCAGGAGAUCAUCCCCCCACCCUACUACACAGACCGUGUGGUUCCGUUCAACUAUUUCUACGAACAAAAUCCAUAUGUUCGUGUUGACGGCGUGGACGAACAUGGCAAGGCCAUCAUGGUCAACGUGCAAGGUCGCCUCGCCAAGACAUAUGGUCACUACAUCGAACACGACUAUUACCCAAUCCCGACGGGCCCAUCCAAAGACAUGGCUAACUCGCGUCAAGUGCCAAAAGAUCUGCUAGAGCGCAUGCGUGUAGCCCUAGAAGAGAGGCCAAUCUGGACGAGACGAGCCCUGAUUACAAGAGUGGCUCCUUAUUAUUCUGACAACAGUCUCAAGAUUGCCGUGCAACUGGUGGGAUACCAAUUCAAAGGUGGACCAUGGCGUGACGCCGUCAUCAAGUACGGAGUUGAUCCUCGCUCUGACCCGAAAUACCGAAUCUACCAAACGCUCGCCUUCAAGCUCGAAGGCCUUCCUGGCGACAGAACCGUAAAGAAUGGCAUCGCGCGCAGCAUGGCCAGGGAAGAAGCAUCACGUAGCCACCUAUGGGACGGUACGCAGUAUUGUACCAAUGGAAAGUUCUGGCAGAUAUGCGACAUUACCGAUCCCUGUCUGAUCAAGCUGAUCAACGACGCUCCGCUGCGCGACGAGUGCGAUAUCGCGACCGACGGCUGGUGGUACGGCGGCACCUGGGCCAAGAUCAAGGCCUUUAUGAAGGCGAAAAUGGUGGCCAUUCGCCACGGACGCCUGGGCUUUGACGAAGACGAGGUCAAGAAGAAGAACUUCCUGUACAACUCUGAUAUCCUUCAGAAGCUGAAUCGGUACGCCGAUAUCCAGCCCCAACAUGCUAGGGGACAGGUCAAUCCUUCUACGUUGUUGUACGACAUGGUGGAUGUCUCUGGACUGGAAGGCUUAAAGUACAGACAUCGCCCUUUGACUCAGGCCAAUGAUCUCAUGACGGCUAUGGGUUUUAGAGGCCGCCAGAUCAGGAGGCCUAGGAAGAAGAAGGCCGAAACCGAUGGACCAAGACCUGAUGACGACGGACUGGCCAUCCACAAGGGCUCCGAAAGCGAAGUGGAAGAGGAAGCGGAUGGGGUGGGUGAAGACGAGUCCGGGGUCGUCGGAGCAGGAUCCGUAGAAGGAGAUGACGAAGACGGCGGUGAGGAGCGGUUCCCCGACGACGCAUGGGCUCAUAUCCUGGAUAGCGACCUGGAAGAGGAGAUCGAGGGUGAAGCCGAUGAGGAUGGUGAAGAAGAUGAUGACUUUGAUGAAAGUAUGAUGCUCGAGGGAGGGGACGAGGUGGAAGACGGUGAUGAAGGUGACGAAGAUGACGAAGACGAUGGAGACGACGAGGUCCCUACCACUGCUGGAGAUCUACCCGACUAG